ACAAACAUUCUAACAAAAUCGUUGCAUGGCGGAUUGAAACCGAGGUCAUCAAAAUAACUCAAAACUACAGAAUUAAGGAAGGCAGAGUUUAAACCCUGUAGAGUUUUUACUAAUUACAGAUAUUUCUACACAAAGAUACGACCGUUUAGCUGCUUUAUAUAUAUCAAGGAACAUGUGGUGUGACAUAAUACAUGUUGAGCCCCACUCCGAUGCUUAUCUCUUGGAGAUCUCACACGAAGAUCAGCUUCCACUUCAGAUGUGCAAAGAUGCUUCUGAGGUAAUUCCUCUCCAGCAGUAUGAGUCUCAUAUCCAAGGAUCCCAACAAAAUAGUGCUCUGUUUCUUACCUCACUGGCAAAGGCCAGGCCUGUGGACCUUCUGAAAAGGGGCUCCCCAAAAUCAAAGGCCCUUGAGAAACUAAGGGCAAAGAUUCAGCAGCAGAAGCUGGAAACAACAUCUUCAAGUCCAGUAACUGAGAUUAAAUGUCAAGAUCACAUAAUCAGAAAAGUCUGCAGAGUGCACAGCAAAGGGGAAGAAGUACAAACGGGUAUACCUGUGUCUCGAUGGAAAGCCGAUAUAAACCCGUCCUCAGGCAAAGACCGCCAAAUGAACCAAGUCCUCAAAGGUGCUGCUCCUAGAAAACAAGAACAUUAUACAUACAUAUCUGCUUGGAGAGAUGCCCAGAAGCUUGUGGCAAAGGUCUUAGAUUCCCAGUGCAUGAAGACCUCAGAAUCCCAGGAGAACACCACCAAGAACCACAAGGAAAAAGUCACACAGAGGGAUCGUCAACAGAUUGCCGCAUUGAACACUCAAGGUUUUUCAAAACAAAGAUCUAAAGAACCAAAUGUGAUUGAGAAAUCAUGUCAUCAUCCUCAAAGAAACAUUUCACAUCCCUCUAACCAAGCAAAAAUCUCUUCUGGUAGUUGUGGUAAAAGCAUUUCUACAUGGCACAUGCGUGUGAAAAGGAAGGAGAAUAAAGGUCCUGUCAAACAAAGUACAGCGCAGAGGCAAAAUUCACAAGAGGUACAUGAAUAUAUGCAACGACAAAUCAUUGAGAGGAGAAGAAGGAAACAACAGAUGAGAAGAAAGGUGGAAUUUGAGCAGGAGAGGAAGAGAAGAAGUGUGCAAGACAUAGUGAAAAAACAAAAAGAAGCUCUUUUCAAGACCAAGAAACAGCAGACACAACAGUCCGAGAAAAGUAAACAUGCUGACAAGGAACAAUUUGCUGCAAGUAGCAAGACUUUUGGACUGCAGCACAAUGCACAAUGUGUUGUUUUGGAUACAUCCAGUAAAACUUUGACGAUGGAGAUGUUUUCUGAUGCCGAGUCUAAAAACAAUAAUUCUGCCUGCCCGUUUGAUGUGAAUAGAUCUUUGAUUAUCCUGCCUCAGGCUCAGAGACACAGAGUGGAGGUGCUCAGAAAGACAAUCACCUCUCUUGAUGAACGUGUAAAGAAUGAGACUGUACGGCUUGGCAUUGGUGUUAAUAAAGCAUCUCUGAACCACACAAGGUCCAUUAGUCAUGAAACUGCAGACCGAAAAGAUAAAAAAAAUAAAAAAAAUAAAGAGUCUGCAUCCACUAAUGGAAAUGUGCCCUUAAAGAAAGAAAUAAAAAACAGUGUAGAUAAGCAAGCUUGUCCAGUGAUGUGUGCUCUACAAAGAGAACAGAAAACGAUUCAGUGCGCAUCAGAUCAAGGUGACGGCUCUGAAAGCACAGACUCUACUUGCAAGUGGAGUGAACUGAGUGGGAUGUACAGUCAGGGACAGUUCCAAUGCCACCUCUCGCUGGCACAGAGUCAGCAGUUUAUCAGAGAAGAGGAGCUCAGGGCACGCCAGCUUAGUGCCCUCUUCAGACUCAGAAAAAAAGCACUGUGGGAGAGAACUCAGACUGAGCUCACAUGGCUGGAGCACUGUAAGAAGAAUGCUCUAUCAGAUGAGGUUUCUGUGAGUGAAAUCAAGAAGAGGCAGGAAGAAGUUGUUAAAAGACUGAGAUGUGAGGAGGCAGAAAUCCACCUUUGGCACAAUAUUUAUAAAUGUGGGCAGCAACAGCGUCAACUCCUUCUUUACCAUCACAGAGACAUCCUAAACAUCAAGAAUUCAACUACUCACAUUCGACAAAUGCUAGAGAACCAGGCCAUGACUGACACUGAUUCCAGGCCCACAGAUGCAUUUUCAACAUUGGAGGAAAAAAGUUUAAUCACAAAGCCUGGGAUUAAACCAGCUGCCAGAGGCGAAGAUAAGCUGCCAAGCAAGCAGGGGAGGCAAGUGUCACCAUUCACUUCUACUGUCAUGCAUUAAACAGAGGAGAGCUGUUUAGCAUUGUUUCACAGUGGCCACCGAAGUCCAUUCUGGUUUGACGUGCAAUCUCUUAGGGAUUUAUGAAAUGCUGCAGUGCAGCAUUUAGCACACACCAGGGCUGUGAAGCAUGACACACAUCACUUGGCAAUUUUCUGAAGCAUAAGCCUGCAGCAAAGAACGGGAAUAUCAUGAGCUUGUUGUCUUAGGUAUGCACUGUACUC